GCAGGGGGAGCUUAUGGUGGCAAUGUAGGUUACUGUCAAGUUGGUGAUUUAGGUGCUGGUUUUGAUGGUGGCUAUGCAGGGUAUGGAUAUGGUGGCGGUCCUGGUUUUGAUGGAGGAGCAGGUGCUGGGUUUGGUGGAGGAGCAGGUGCUGGCUUUUGUGGAGGAGCAGGAGCUGGAUUUGGUGGAGGAGCUGGAGCUGGCUUUGGUGGAGGUGCAGGUGCUGGCUUUGGUGGAGGAGCUGGUGCUGGCUUUGGUGGAGGAGCUGGUUCUGGUUUUGGUGGAGGAGCUGGUGGUGGAUAUGGAUUUAACCAGGGAGGUGGAUUUGGUGAAGGUCUCCUUGCUACCAAUGAAAAGCAAACCAUGCAGAACUUAAAUGACCGCUUGGCCAACUAUUUGGACAAAGUGCGUAGCUUGGAGGAGUCCAAUGCUGAAUUGGAGAAAAAGAUUCGGGAAUGGUAUGAAAAGCAAAGUCCUGUUAGUAAAGCUGCUGAUUACAGUCAAUAUUACAAGACCAUUCAGGAUAUCCGUGACAAGAUCUUUGCCGCCACUAAAGAGAAUAACAUAGUGCUUCUGGAGAUUGAUAACACUAGACUCACC